UUGUCUGAAGUAAGUUCGAAGUCAUCGUCUACUUUACAAGGUGGAACGUUAAUUAUUCUGGGUGAUAACCAGUCUGGAAAAUCAUCUCUUUUGGCUCGACUAGAGAAAAAUGAGAACGUAGGAGAACGUUCAGCUUUGGAUUACCAUUUCUUGAAUGUGCAAAACGAUUUUCGCGAUGGCAGUUAUGCCUACCAAUUGGGGACCGCGGGUGGACUCGGUCCAGCUGAGAAUCUCAGCUUACCGGUAUGGAUGUUGGAUGGCGAGGAGUGCUUUGCGCCGCUUAUCCAGUACGCACUACCGUUGCCUUCUCCUGCGAAAACUGUUGUGCUUCUCGUCGCCUCUCUAGAUAACCCCAGUUUGAUCCAUUCAAUUAGGCGGUGGGCAAACAUUUUCACCCAACAAGUCCUACAAAAAUACGAUAAAAACGCAAUCACAGAAGCGAAGGCCUCUCAGGAACGGUUUUGGCAGGAAUAUGUUGAACCUGUAGAAUCAUCAAUGACUUCGUCUAUGGCUCCAGGAGCUCUAGAUGACGGUGGUUUGCUGCCUCUUGAACAUGGUGUUCUAUCUGAAAAUUGUGGAGCCAGUUUUGUUGUUGUGAUUACGAAAAGUGACUUAUGUGUUGACCUUACUGAUAUACAAGCAGAUCGUAUCGUUGUACAUGUUCGAAAGCUUUGUCUUCAGCUCGGUGCAGCUUUAAUAUAUACUAGUGCAAAGAAUGUAAAAAACAUUCAGAUGUUGUACAAGUAUGUUGUUCAUCGUGCCUUUGGCUUUCCAUUCACAAAUACGGCUCAGCUUAUUGAAAGAGACUCAGUAUUUGUGCCGGCUGGCUGGGACGGUGACAAGAAAAUCGAGAUAGUCAGGGAAGGUAUACCUGAUGCUGAUACAGUUCUGGAACCGACAAGGGAAAAACCAACGAUUGCAAGGGAACAGUUGAUUGAAGCGGAAGAUGAGCAGGCUUUUCUCCAACGACUUGCCGCAGCCGAAAAUGCGGCACCUGCAGCUCAGAAAAAGACUAACCUUCUAGAUGAUACUGCAGACAACAAGACCCCAUUGUCUAGCUUCUUCUCGAAUCUCUUGAAGGUGACUGUCUUGUAUUUCGUUCUUUUUAAAUAUUGUUAG